GAUAUCUCCAAUAGGAGGCGGCGCAACCGAAACAUUCUACUCCAGAUGCUUAGCGUAGGAGCCCCUCCUUCCCCUGCAGCCCUUCCCCAUCUCAUCCGCCGCCAGCGCCCUUCGCCUUGCAUCCUUCUCCCCUUUGGUAGCCGCGUCGCCGCUACGGUUUCGAUUCCGCGGCCAGGACGCCGCCGGCUCAUCCCGCUUACCGCUUUGAGAAGGGGACAUCGGAGCCGGAAGCUGGGAGAAGGGGACGAAGAUGCUGGCUGGUCACAAGUAUCAGACGAGGACGAUGAAGAUGAGGACGUGGACGAAUCGACUUUGCCUUUCCAGGAAAUGAGGCAGUGGCUGCGCAACAAACCGUCCGGAUUCGGAGAGGGGAAGAACUACGAUACGAGGCUGGAGGAUGACCUCUGGGAGGAGAUUGAAAGGAGCAGGAAAACACAAAUAGAGAACCUUAAUAAGCUCAAGAACAAGCCUAACAUGAGUGAUGACAGACCCAAGACGAAGGAAAAAGCGCCACAUAAAGCAGCAGAUGAAGCUGAACCUGGUACCCGUGUGCGUAUAUGGAACCUCCCCAGGAAGAAGAACAUUCACAGAGACCUGCAUCAUGCUUUUAGAGGCUUCCCUGGGCUUGUUAGUAUAAGCCCUGCUGUUAUCGGGAAUGAAAAGACUCGCGAGCCUGUCUGCAGGGGUUUUGCAUUUGUAUGUCUUGCUUCUAAGGAAGCUGCUAAUAGGUUCGUACAAGCAUAUUCAAGGAAAACUCUGUGCUUUGGUAAAGUGGAGAAGCAGAUUGCAUGUGCCGUCAUAAACACACGUGGUAUUCGUGACUCGUCUGAGCCUCAGGAAGAUGUUUCUGUCAGGUUUUCUCUAUCAAAAUCCUUAAAAGGGGGAAUUGGGUUGUCUGGAGCAUCUGACGUUGAUAUUGUCUCACAAGAUUCAGAAGGAAGAACAAUUGAAGAUGGGUCUGUUUGUAUAGGUAUAACAGAGAAGUCUGAUGUUGAAGACAUGUUAUCCAAGAGAACUUGUGACGGUACUUCAACAAACUUUGAGGACAAAGAAAAUAGUCCUGGACAUGUUACCAUCCCUGUUCUUGGUUGUCUGGAACAUGGGAAUGAGGUGCCUUGGAACGAUUUGGCCCAAAAGGAAUCUAUGCCUCAAAUUCGCAAACAGCGUGUAAGAACAUCUUCGAGUAAGAAGGCCACCAAGACUGAUCUAGUCCAGGGUAACAAACCGAGCUUGCUAGGUUCCAUGGCCAGGUUAAAAAUCAAGGAGAGGACUGUACUAACUGGUGUCUUCUCCAAGUACAGCAGAAAUGUAGCUUCAGAGACCUGAUUUGGAGUCUUAACUAAAUCUUUCCGUAUGUUUGGCUUAAGUUCUUUGCCUGCCGUGGCAUAUGUAUUAGUAUGAACGUUAUUCGCUCUUCCCACCACCAUCCAAUUGAACCGUCGUGUUUUUUGAUAAUAUAAAUCUAUUGCUCGAUA